UAUGUUUAACUGUUGUUUGUUUUUGUUGAUUGUAUUAUAAUAUAUAAAGCUAUUAAUAUUUUUGUAAAAACAUAUUCAAAUAAAAAUAACAUAUAAUGUAACUAAUAUUCUUUUAAUCACGUUAGAUUAUUGACUAAUAACCAAAUGUUUUAAAUAAGGAUAUUGUGUUUAUAUUAGUGUUGGUGCUAUUAUAUUUUUGAUUUUUCAUUAAAAAAUCAUGUCUCCUAAAAUUAAAAAGCGUCGUAACAUAUUGCAGUUAUUAAGGGAAAGAGAAAUCAAUGAUCAAAUUCGCACCAAAUAUGCUUUAAAAAGCGAAAUAUCAAAUAAAUGUAUAACAAAAUUAAGCCUGCUCACUGAACUUGAAGGGCAUGAAGGAUGUGUGAAUUGCCUGGAAUGGAAUGAAAAUGGAAGUGUGUUGGCAUCAGCAUCAGAUGAUUUUCAAGUGAUAUUAUGGGAUCCAUUUUUACAAAAAAAAAAAACUACUAUUAAAACAUUGCACCGGGGCAAUAUAUUUACAGUAAAGUUUCUACCUAACUGUCAUGAUGAUAUUGUGGCAACUGGAGCUGGCGAUUGGUUCUCUCAUACAUAUAACGUAACUACCGGGAAGCAAAUAACUGCUUGCACUUGUGCUCGAGGCCGCGUGAAGAGGAUUGCUGUUGCAAAUGACACCCCUCAUGUUUACUGGAGUGCUUCAGAAGAUGGAACUAUCAGGCAACAUGACAUGAGAAUUAGUCAUCAAUGUUUAUCGGAAAACACUAAAAAUGUUUUAGUGUUCUUGCGUACUCAUUUAGGAACAACGGCCGAAGCUAAAUGUUUAGCCAUAAAUCAAAUGAGACCAGAACAGCUUGCUAUUGGGGCAAAUGACCCAUAUGUUCGUUUAUAUGACCGUAGAAUGAUUAAUUCAUUAACAUCUGUUAAAUUAACACCUACAGCACCUCCAAAUGAUGGACCUGUGGACUUGCCUCUGAUUUUUUAUCGUCUGGUUGAAGCUGUCGAAGAUAACUUAUUUGCUAAAACUAACAAUAUUACAGAUAGCAGUGUUCAAUAUUAUAUACCUGGUCAUAUUUAUUUGACUGAACUUCAGGCACAACAAAAGAAUCAAUCUAUUGGAACCACUUAUUUGAAUUUCAGUCCUGAUGGACGCGAACUUCUUGUUAACUUAGGGGGAGAACAUAUUUAUCUAUUCGAUUUGAUUAAUCCUGCCGAGCAUUCUUAUUAUGCUAUCCCCAAUAUUGUAAACAUUUCUCGCGAUGAUGGUGAAGGGUCUUCUAUAAGUCUGCCUAAUGAAUCUACUCCUGUUGUACAUUCUGCAUUACCGGAAGAAAUAGAAAAACUGAAACUUGAGGCAAACUUUUUUUUUGAACAACAGGAGUAUACAACCGCAAUACGUUUGUACAACCAGGCAAUUAAUAUUUAUCAAAGUAGCGUAUUGUUUUCGAAUAGAGCAGCUGCAUAUAUUAAACGAAAAUGGGAAGGUGAUCUUUACGCAGCUCUUAGAGAUUGUGUCACUGCAUUAAAACUUGAUCCACACCAUAUGAAAGCUUUUUUUCGUAUGACUGUAUGUCUAUUUGAACUGGGAAAGUUAAGCGAGUCGCAAAUGUAUUUAGAACACUUCAAGUUGAAGUUCCCUUCAUACAAAAGUAGUCCGGCGUAUAAAACUCUUAGUGCAAACAUACUUUUUGCCAAUGAAAAAAUCAAAAAGGAAUCUGCAACUAAUCCAAACAAUGAUGUCAAUGAGACGUUACACAAUGAGAGAAAAGAUGAUCAACAAAAUGAUUUUGAACUAAAUCAAAAAAGUAAACAAGAAGAAUGCUGGCGUAAAAAAGCUAAAGAUUAUUAUCAUAGAUAUUAUGGUCACUGCAACACUUCUACAGACAUUAAAGAAGCAAAUUUUUUUGGAAGUCAAGGUCAAUAUAUAGUGGCUGGUUCAGACGACGGCUUAUUUUUUGUGUGGGAUAAAAAUACAGAGAACAACUUGCUAGUGUUAAAAGGAGAUAGUUCAAUUGUAAAUUGUUUGCAGGCACAUCCAUCAGAGUUCAUGCUCGCGACCAGUGGAAUCGAUAAUGUUGUCAAAUUGUGGACUCCGCUGCCAGAUGACAUUGUAAACGAACAUGAAGUAAAAAACUUUUCAUCGACAGCAAUGGAAAACCAAAGACGAAUGAUAGUAGAUCCAUUUGAUAUAGCUAUACGUAACUUUGGCUUUAGUGUGAGUGAUACAAGAGAUAGACGAGAUCCACCAGAACCUGGGCAGUUUUAUUCGUGCAGAACUAGUUAAUCUUGGCUUCAAUUUCAUCCAAUUCGGGUAAUGACAUGCUACCAAUCUGAAAAUAAAAUUAUGUAAAUACUUAUUUGUACAGAAUGUAAUAAAAUGUAUUAGUUUAUAAUAAAAAUAUUUUAAAAAAUAUAUAGGUUAAUCUUUUAUUUUUUAAACCAAUUAUAUCUUUAAACUGAUUAAUUUAUAGCUAUAAAUACGUCUUAUUUUAAUUUUUA